CAAGGGAAAGACCAAACCCAUUCUCUCUCUCUAGAAAUGUCUGCAGUUUCUUGUACAGUUCCAAACGCGAAAUCUUCCGUUUUAUUCAGAAGGGUACCGAGAAGAAGCCACAAGCUUGAAACUUUACCUGCAUCACGAAGAUCUUCUUCUCAGGCACCGCCAUUGAUUUCGUCAUUCUCUCCGUCUCUCUCUGCAAAAUUUCGCGUAAAACUUGACGUUUCCUCCAAUCCUUCCCCCAGAGCCUUCAGGCCAGUCAUGCAGUGGCAAGACGUCACGGUGAAAAUGGUGGUAGAUACACCAGCUUCUGUUGCUUACGAGUUAUACUCCGAUCGCGACUUGGUUCCCAAGUGGAUGCCCUUUUGUUCAUCUGUUGAGGUAUCACAUGACAAUCCGAGUCUAUCUCGAUAUCGGAUAAAGCUCGAACCGUUCGGACAACAUAUCGAACAUAGUUUUCUUGCGAAAACGUUGCAGCCAAUUCCUAACAAGAAGAUCCAAUGGAUAUCUCUUGAAGGUUUUGCCAACAGAGGCAGCGUUCGGUUUUUUCCAAGGGGCCCUUCCUCGUGUUUAGUAGAGGUCAAAUGAAUUUCGCAUUUGAAGUCCCCUACCAAUUAGCCCCAUUUACUCUGGCGUUGAAACCCUUCAUGGAGAACCUGAUUCGUGGCGGAAUGGAACGUUUUGCUGUCCUCGCGAAGACCAUGCAUAAUUAAAAAAAUAAUUAACUUUUAUAUUAAUUUAUUUAUUUUUUAACCUAAGAAAUUAAAAUUCUUUUAUGUUAUAUGCCCUUUAAAAUUUGAAAUCAGUUUGCAAAAGCUUGUUUUUUUUCCGAAAAGAAAAUAUGAUAUUGUUUGCGAAUUGUUUCGUGAUUUGGUUAUGAUUGGGCCUUUGCGUUAGAGAGCGUCGAAUAUACUAAUGGGCUGGGCCUCGAGCCCAUUCCAAAGAUUUCGUGUUAUUUGCCGUGAGGCCCUUAGGCUUGAAGCAUAGAAUCUCUGAGGAAGCUUCCGAACGAAUCGGAGGCUUAGCGAUGGGUACAAAGAAGAGUCCAAGUGAGAGUUGAGUGGGAAAGUGAUGGUGAAUCAUGCGGAAGUGUAUCAGAAAAAAGAAAAAAAAAUGAUUUUUCAUCAUUUGAUUUAGCCGACCAAUGCCUUCAUCUCCAAUAUUCUAAAACUUUUAACCAUUAUAUUACACGCAAAUUUCC